AUGGAUGCCGGUGGACGCGCUCGUCUCUUGUUAUAUCUCGAUAAUAUUUUAGGUCUUAAAAUGACGACUCCUCUAUCUACAACUGGAAAUACAUUAACAAAUAAACAAGAUUUUAAUUAUUUAAAAAAUGGUCGAUUGAAUCUAUGUCGUACAGUGUCAUGUCUGCAAAGUUCUAUUGUUAAAAUUAAUCCUAAUAUACAAGAAGCACAUGAAAUAAGAACUUGGUGUGAUAAUAAAGGUUUUGAAAUAGAUGUUGAAGAUCUCUCAACAAAAACAGAUCGUGAACGAAUGACUCCGUUCAAAACAAUCGGGCAAAUAACCAGUGAACAACUUGGAUCCAAUGAUAAACCGGAUUACAUCACGUGUAAAGCAAUUUGUUUAAUGAUCAAAAAAGAUAGUGUCGUUUAUAUGUCUUGUCCAGCUGAGAAUUGUAGUAAAAAAGUAAUUGAUAAUGGAGAUGGUACAUUUCGAUGUGAAAAAUGUAAUGCUAGUCACGGAAAUUUUAAGUGGUCAUAUAUGGCAAAUGCUGAAAUAUCCGAUAGUACGGGUUCACAAUGGAUAACACUCUUUCGUAAUGAAGCUGAAGUGUUGUUUGGUAUCACUCCUGAAGAAUUUGGUCAAAUGAAAUCGAAUAAUGAUGAAGAAGCAAUAAAUGCCGUUGUAACAAAAGCACAAAAUAAUGAAAAAAUGUUCAAAUUACGUAUCAAAAUUGAUAAUUAUAAUUUUUUUGCACAUGCUUUGACAUGCGCUGUGAUAUUCUGA